GAUAUUGGAGGGAAGGAAGGGAAAAAAUUGGUCUUCUUGAUUACAUUGGAAGGACAAAUACGGCAAAAUUUCUGAGAAAAAUGGUCGCUGGACGUGCGUUGCAUUUUGUUUUCAAGAUACCUGAUCGUGGAUUGACAGCGAAAUUCUAUCGCGAAAUUCUUGGAAUGAAGGUACUGAGACACGAGGAAUUCGCAGAAGGAUGCGAGGCUGAAUGCAAUGGACCAUAUGGAAAUCGUUGGAGCAAGACAAUGAUAGGAUAUGGUCCUGAGGAUACACAUUUUGUAAUCGAGCUGACAUAUAAUUAUGGCAUUAAGGAAUAUGAAGUAGGAAAUGAUUUUAAAGCCAUCACAAUUCGUUCAAAAGACAUUAUUGAAAGAGCCCGUGCUAAUAAUUGGCCAGUGCAAGAAGAAAAUGGAAAAUUUGUGAUGCAAGCACCAGGUGGAUACAAGUAUCACAUCAUUAAUGAACAACAUCCUGCCGAUAGCGAUCCUGUGGAAAAAGUCACUUUAUCCAGUUCCAAUUUAGAUAAAACCAUUGCUUAUUGGAAAGAUAUUUUGGGAUUGAAGAUAUUUGAUCAAAAGGAUAAAAGUGUCCUGAUGGGCUACAGUGAGGAUCAAGCCAAGCUUGAGUUUGAAGACAUAGGUACUGCAGUUAAUCAUGCAAAAGCAUACGGACGUAUUGCUUUCUCGGUACCGUUUUCGGAACAACCGAACAUUCAGAAAGCUAUUAAAGAAAGCGGAAAUAAAAUCUUGACUGACCUUAUAACUUUAGAUACACCGGGAAAAGCUUCUGUCAGAGUCAUCAUUCUUGCUGAUCCAGACGGGCAUGAAAUCUGUUUUGUAGAUGAUGAAGGAUUUAGGCAACUAUCGGUUCCCGAUUAUCCAAGUGAAGCAAUUCUAAAUAGAUAUAUCAAGAAAGAGGCAUCUGCUGUAGUAGAUGAUGCAUAAACAAUUACUCAUUUUCUUAUCGAAAUAUUAUUUUUUAAAUUAAAUAUACUAUAAAUAUAUACAUAUUGUAUAUAAUUAUCAUUCUAAUUUUAACCGAUUUUGUUUCGUAAAAUGACUUGUGUACAUAAAAGGUAGCAUUUCGUUAAAUGGAUGAGUAAGCAUUUCACGAAAGAGUUAAAUUUACAAAUAUUCUGCAUACAUAUAUAAAAUGCUAGUGGUGAUGGGAUGUUAAUAUCAAAGAAUCUAAUACUCAAGUAAUGCAAAAUACCACAAUGAAAAAGUGUAGAUAUGCAAAUAAAAAGCAUUAUCCUGGA